UGGCGAUGGAAUUGCAGUGUCGCGCACGUGCGUGGCAGAGCGCGGGAAAUGCCUCUUGCUUUCUUCCAACAUCAUCAAAGGAGUUUAUGUGAAGUAAGCGAGUAUAAUUAGGUGGAAAACGAUGAAAAUUAACGCAAACGUUGAGUGAAACCGUGUAUUUGAUUUUUGUUAUUUUUAAAACGUGUGUUAAUUUUCGCAAGUGACCUAGGUUUUCCACAGUUUUGUUGUCAAGGUCGUAUGCACUGAGAGGCCAAAGACCGGAAAGCUCGUCUUCCCAACCUUAAACUUGUUUUUGUGUGCUCCUCGUUGGCUCACUCAUUGCUCUCCUGCGAGCCCCGUCGAAAGGUUGUGUCUGAAUAUCGUUCUCUCUCCUUUUCCACCACGCUCUUCCCCUUUAAUUAAGGGGCAUCUUGGCAUGAACAACGAUCAUUAUAACCGUUACCUUUCAUCGCUUCAUCAUCAUGGAAGCGAGUUAUCUUUUCCCCAAUUCAUCCCUGAGAUUGGGUUUGAGCAUGAAGAAUUGGCUUUCAAUUCGUACUAUAAUUCAGUGCACAGUGCGACGAACAAUAACAAUCCUAGCUUUUACAGAGCUCACGACAACGGUAAUAGCAACAACAAUAAUGAAGAAUACUCAUUUGUUAAUGGCGGCAGUGGAGUCUACAGCGCGCCCGGCCUCUUUGCUAAUCGCAACGUGCUCCCCAACUGCGAUGCAUCUUCGGAUUUGGUUGAAACUACUUUGCCUGCUGCUUCUGCCUGGCCACACUUUCCAGAAAUCAAUUAUUCUCACUAUUCACAUUUUCCGAACGUUAACUUCUGGUCUCAGUUAUACUUUCAGCAGAACAAUAACCAUUCAGAGCCCAACGUGCACGAUUACAGGAACGUACCGCCACCUUCCGACCCGACUCUCAACGAUAGCAACGGGUCUACGUACGAGUUAGAUAUUGAGCGUUCUUCGGUAAAUUCUCCAACUGCAAACCAGCAUCCAACUGCGCCCCAUCCUUCUGCAUAUCCAAACGAGUUGUAUGUUGUACCUCAAAAUCAUCAGCGCUCGUUUGUCCCUGUGCCAAACGAGAAUCAACAACACCAGCUUCCGAUUAGACCCAUUCCCCAGCAGGCCAGCAGAGUGAACCCUGUUCUCAACCCUACUCAUAAUCUAACGCACACGUGUCCAGCAUGCGAUCGUUGUUGCAUUUCAGCUGGUGGACUAAAACGGCAUUUAAGAUUCUGUGGAUCAGCACGAACCAAAACGGAUACAUCGCUUUCCGUUAAUGGAGCUGAAGAAACCGAUGCCCCAACAUUUGACCCUUGCUGUUUGGAUGCUCAACCUAUAAAUCUGUCGUCUUACGAUAAUGUAAAAGCUGUUCUACAGCAACCGGUGACCGUCGAGACGGCGAUUUCGCACGAACCAAUGAACUUCAGCAUGAAUAAUUCAUUUGCUGUAACUACAUCAGUAUCUGAAGAAAAUAACAACGUUAUUCAGAGCCAGAAAAUCUCAGUUACCCAAGCCCUUUUAACUUCUUCGCCUAACGAUGAGCUGCCGGCUCAGCCCACGGAAGAAGCCCACGAGGCGUUGGAGUCACCUACGGAAAAUCGCCUUCUCGGUGGCCGGCGACGCAAAUGCCCUCAAUGUCCACUUGUUCUGCCUAGCGAAAGAGCCCUGGUCGGCCAUCUCAUUACCCAUGAUAUUAGGAAGCCAUAUGAGUGCGGGACCUGUGGGAGCCGUUUUAGUCGCAAGUUUCACAUGACUCGUCACAUUAAGCAGAGAGGCUGUGAUGGAUCUCCUCGAAAUCAAUUCGAGUGCGAGUUUUGUGGUAAGCAUUUUACUCGAAAGGACAAUAUGCGAGAACAUGCCAAAAGUCACAUAGGCAUAGCAAGGCAAAGAGUUAAGCUGCCUUGCCCUGUCCCAACGUGUAAGAAAGAGUUCACAGGGAAAACACAGUUGCAGGUCCAUGUCAACUUUCACACAGGCUCCCGUCCAUAUGUUUGCACCAGAGACAACUGCGAUAAAACUUUUCGCUCUAACGCUGCCUUAAAGAAACACAUACGUAUUCAUAAUUACGAAAAGCCGUUUCAAUGCCCGCAGUGUGAUGCCCGUUUCGGAGCGAAGGACACCCUUGCUCGUCACAUGAGUAGUCACGAUUUGCAGAGGCCUAUUAAGUCCUAUAUUUGCAGUCGCUGCGGUAUGGCAUUCAUCCAACAAACCCAUUUGAAUGAUCACCAAAUUAAAGCACAUCAAUCAAGUGAAACAUUUGCAUGCACCAUGUGUGAUCGCAUUUACAAGCGGCGCUGGAGACUUCAAAAGCACUACAAGCUAAAACAUUCAACGAAUCCGAAAUCAAAUGAAGACGCGAAUGUGCAACCUGUGGAUCUACCCUUACAAAAUGCAGAAGAAAAGAAAAUCAGUUAUCCUUUUGCCUGUGACAGGUGCCCUAAAAAAUUUGAAAAGAAUCAGUCGCUGAAAGCUCAUUAUAUGACGCACAUCAAUGAAGCCCCAAUUGAGUGUACUCAUUGUUCUCGUACUUAUAUUAGGCGGGACUGUCUGUUGCGGCACCUGCGUACUAAACACCGCAUGCCUCCCGAUCAAGCAUUAGAGGCUUUAAAACAGAUGAGCCAAGAUAAACAAAAAUUCGCAGAUGGCAAGCCGCCCACAGAACAGGCAGCUGAGGUAACCGAUGUUGCUUUGAUUGACUUGACGACUGACAUUGGCAGUUGCAGCACUCAGACAGCCAGCGAACCGCAGGAUGCAACGUUUGCCAUGGUCGGGGAGCUAAUAGAUGUCAGCAUCUUAGAAGGCAACAUAAUUGAGCUACUAAGUCUACUGGUAGAUCCCGAAACGAUGCGUAGCUUUGGUUGGCCAAAUUACAGCGUAGAUAUGGUCCUUCAGUCUGUGUUGGUUAAGUGUGGCAAGGAUCCUUUCUCGCAACCUCAUCUCAGUCUAGCUCAGCGUUUGCAAGCGAAUACAAAAAAACUAUUCUCUUUCAUUGUCGAUGACCAGAAUGCACUGGAAAAUUUGUUCUCACGCCGCCCAGUUGAGCAGGUACUUCAGCAAGUUAUCGAAUUAGCUAAAUCUGGAAAAAGCAAUGAUAAUGUCGUGCAAUUUCCUCUUUAAAAGUUACCUUUAUCUCAACGUCUUUCAGUCAAAUUAUUGUUUCUUUCAGUCAAGACCAGGUUGGUCUCUUUCGUUUUUCAUUCGUUCUUUUUCAUGAUUUUCAAUUGUUAUUGCUUUUUUUUUCACACUAAGAUGAAUUGUUCAGUUUUUCGUUCUACUAAUUUCUAACCCCAUCACCUUCGCAAUCAAUACAAUUAACAAGCUAUGCCAGUU